AGUGUUGUUUUCCUAUUUGACAGUCACGUUCUGUCACGGUGAGCUGUGCAAGUUUUUUCCGAUAUAUAUAAUUGAUCGAAUGCCAUUUGGAAAAUUGAAUGAGAGAGGAAUGCGUUUGUGGCUGUCUGCUCGACCGGUAAUGGAUGUGUGCAUCUCAGCAGGGCAAUCUCUAGUCUAGUCGUUAGAUCCUAACAUGGACAGCAGCAGGAAAGAUUGUUGUUUCAUACACUUUACCUUCCACCAAUCUAAAUAAUGCCAAUUGCAUUUAACCCCUACUAAUUAUAACGAACUUUAAACAAUAACCUACCGCACCCCCUCUUCUCUUCUUCGACGGUAGAGCAUAAAUUUUAUGCUUAGCGAUGGAGAAAAAGGCGAGCAAAAUAACGCUAGGCAUGCUGAAAGGGAAGCCCAUCAAUUCCUCGGUGCCAAGCAUAGUUAUCCGAUUCAAUGCGAACGCGGAGGAGAUCGAGGAGGUUGUGCUAAACGAGGAGGAGAAGGGGGACUCUGUGGCGGAUCUCAAUCAGACUAGUUCCAGCGAUGUGGAAAGCAGUCCUAUCAAACUAAAGCGCCGCUCGACGAGCGUGGACGUCUCCUCCGAUGCGUCUCCACCCACAGAUCCAUGGCGAUUCUUCACUGACAUCAAGGGCAAGAUCACGAAGAGCGUUGAGGGCAAGUUGACGGAGUACAAGACACGUGGGGGCGGCGAGGGCGCCGACGGAUCGUCCCCGAAGGCUGCCAAAGCCAAAGACCCUGGCGGACCAAAGGAUGGAGGAGGUGCCGGAUCCAGCCUCUCUGAUUCCGAGGACCUCAGUGAGAGUAGCAUUUCGAAAACUUGCGGCAUCAUUUCUACCACAGAAGGUGUCGAAAUGUCAAGCGAUGACGAAACACCAUCACUGUCCGACAAAGACGAAAGUAGUCCCGUCGAGUCCGCUGCUACAUCGGAGAAGAAAAAGAAAAUAAAAAUUGUUAAGGAUUUAACGGUGAGUUCAGAAGCAGUUGCCAGCGUAGGUUUCCUGCAGAAUUUACAGAACAUCAAUUUGGGUUAUGAGGAUGACACCAAAAGCGACAUCGAGAGCGGAGUGGAUGCUUUGUUACAAUUAGACAAUGUUGAAUUGGACGGAGAAGAAGUUUUAAUCAAGGAACAGACAGGAAUUGAAAUUCGCAACGAAUAUUUAGAAGAUAAAAGUUGGGGGAAAGAGUCCACAGUAUUUGCGCCGUCCGGUUUUGUUGAUUUGCGUCCACUGCCCGAGGAACCCACAUGGACAAAUUUCGUUCAAAAGUAUAAAGUUCAUUUGGCGGUUGGUAUAUUUUUGGGUUUAUAUUUGGGACUUCCAUUGGGUCCGUACAUUUGCGGCUUUAUUGCCGGUAUGUUCCUAGCCGCGUCAGCCGCGCUCAUUUAUAUUAACCUCUUCACCGAACCAAGUAUCAGUGUUGGUAAACGAACGCCAACCCCGCAGGCUAUUCUGCAGAUCCCGGCAGUGGAAGAACACCAACCACCAACUAAGUACGAAGGUUGGGUGAACGAAUACCCGGAGAAGUACAACGCACAAACCUAUCACAUCUCUCAGACGCAAUCGGUGUAUUUGCGACUGCAAGGUAACCUACUGAAGAUGAGCCACACGAAGCAGAAGAUCCCGAAGCGGGCAAUGUGGAACGAACCCGAAUACAAGCACAGUUUCAUGCGACAUCGCAUUUACAAUCUGUUAGGAGCGGAAGUGACGCUUCUACCAAAGGGUCUUACCAAGAUCCGUCACUGGAGCAAAAAGUAUCCAAUUUGCGUGACACUGGACAAGAAUCAGUGGAACUUUGAUUACGAGGAUAAACCGAAGAAAACCGCGGAAACUGCUGAAGAAUCUAAAAAGGUUAAAAGUCAGAGCCAACUAUUCAGCAAGUUGUGUGAUGCUGAUCUCAUUGGAUCCAAUGAUUUUGAAGAUUUUGCUAAUAUUGACAGUUCAUCGACAGCUCUUGUUGUUGAUAAUACUGAAACAUCCGAUGCAGAUUCAAUUGGAGAACAGAAUGAGGAUAUGAUGGAUUGCCUGACGGAAAAAGAAGGUGGAUCUUACUCGUCUAAUGAGUGUUUAAUACAGAAGAAUGAUGGCACCCAGACGUGCAUUUAUAUAUUUACUAGGACAUCACGAGAUAAAGAGCACUGGUAUAAGCGCUUGAAGGAAGCGACUGUGAAGAAAGAUGGCACUGAAGAAUGCGCGCACAAGAAAAGCGAACAGUUGAGAAAUGAGUAUUUGAAACUGAUUUCGAAAUUUACACAGUUAACUCCAAAUUUAGAGGUUUCAAAUGGUUCGGAGAGCGCCUGGUUGAAUGCGUUGAUUACAAGGGUAAUGUUCGAUUGCAUGCGAAAUGAAGAGCUGAUCGGUAAGAUCAAGGAACGUAUUCAACGCAAAUUAAGCUCAAUAAAGUUACCGUACUUCAUCGAAGAGCUGACGAUUACUGAAUUAUCUCUGGGACAAACGGCGCCGUCCAUCGUCAAAAUCGAAAAACCUACGACGAAUGAUUGGGGUCUGUGGGUUGACAUGGACAUUCAGUAUGAGGGUCAGAUCGUGGUGAUUCUGCAGACGAAGCUGAAUCUGAUGAGGUUGAAGGAACCGCCGCAGCCUUGCUCGGGCGAGAAGGGUUCCGAAAAGUCCCCAAUUUAUCACUCGGAUGUAGACGAUACGGCCGAGAGUAGCACCGACGAAGAUUCCUCGGUGCAGAUGGCUCCUAGUAAUGUGGAAGUUCCAGAGGGUAACGGCGGACCAAGCAACAAGAGCAAGCGAAUCAUGAAGAUGGUGGAUCGGAUUGCAGAGUCAAAGUUUUUCAAGGCUGCCAGCGAGAAUAAGUUUGUGAAAAAGGCCAUGGAGGGCGUGUCAAAAACUGACCUACGUUUGAAAGUGGAAUUGAAGUCUCUAAGUGGAUGUUUAGCAUUCAACAUUCCGACACCUCCUUCCGAUCGGCUGUGGUACGGCUUCCGGCCAUCGCCAAGCAUAAAUCUGUCUGCUCAUCCUAUCGUUGGUGAACGAAACAUAAAUUUCAAUCAAGUUACCAACUGGAUCGAGAAGAAGCUUUCCAAAGAAUUUCAGAAAGUCUUGGUAUUUCCAAAUAUGGAAGAUAUUUACAUACCUGUGAUGUUGCAAUGGUUAACUGAAUAAUUUAGUAUUUUCUCUCCAAUCUUCACAUACCCUUCUUAUUUAGUUAUACUCUUCCCGUCUUAUGUUUGGUGAUUUCGGAGCUUCUCUAGUCUUCUAAAAAGUAUAUUUUUUAUUAGUUUAUGUAUUUGGAAUCUUUACAUCCUUUCGUUCGAUUUUCUUUCAAGAACCAUAAAAGAAACUUGCGUGAUAUAUAAAUAUAUAAAUAUAAUCUAAUCUAUUUAUAAAGAAUACUAAUAAUAAAUGUUGUCCCU